GGCCCGGGGCCCGGGGCGCCGGGCGGGGAUAGCGAGCGGACGGUCCCUCGGCGGAGCUACCCGAGGCCCAGGCGAGCGGGUCUGCGCUGCGUGUUGUUGGGCGGGCACCCGAGAGGACAUAUACUGGUGGUUCUAGGAGGUACGAAAUACGUUUGCUCUUUUCGUAGACAUCUUAGAUCAUUUAGGAAUGAGGUUAAAGGCUUUGAGAUGAAGAAGACCGAUCUCUGUUCGAGCACGGAAGGGACUGAGGUGAUUCUUGCUACCUCGAGUGAUGAAAAGCACCCACCUGAGAAUAUCAUCGAUGGGAAUCCAGAAACCUUUUGGACCACCACGGGCAUGUUUCCCCAGGAGUUCAUUAUUUGUUUUCACAAACAUGUAAAGAUUGAAAAGCUUGUGAUCCAAAGUUAUUUAGUGCGGACCUUGAGGAUCGAAAAGACCACGUCUAAAGAGCCAUUCGAUUUUGAGCAGUGGGUUGAAAAGGAUUUAGUACACACAGAAGGGCAGCUUCAAAAUGAAGAAAUUGUGGCACGAGAUGGCUACGCCACUUUCUUGAGAUUCAUCAUUGUUUCAGCCUUCGAUCAUUUUGCAUCUGUGCAUAGCAUUUCUGCGGAGGGACUAACAGUCUCAAAUCUUCCUUAGUAAUUACAGCAAAAUGCUCUGAACUACUUUUAAAAUAUAUUUAUAGAAACACAAAGUUGUCUUUGAUUAAAGAGAUUUGUAUCA